AUGUCUGAAUUGUGUUUCUCAAGCUCCACCAACACCAAUUUCUAUAGCCUUCUCCUCUCUGACUUCAUCUUCUUUUGUUCUUUCAUACUCUCUCACCCACUCUACUUCUCUUACUUCAUCUUCUUUUUCCCAUAUUUGCUCAAACUUUUCUCAUUCCUUUCUCCUCUCUUCAUAACCACAUUUCUCCUCCUCCUGGCUUUCCUGACCAUCUCUCCAGGGUUCACUGACCAGGGUUCUACUCUAGAGGCCUCUGGUUCUAAAGUGGGGCUCCUCAUCAGUUCAUAUCACAAAGUUCUAGAUACAUUGCGGUCAAGGCUUGACAACAACGGCGAUGAAUUCCACCUCUUCGAGGAGCUUGAAGCAUUCAUAGUAGUGUUUGAUACAACAUUUUUCAAGGUAGGAGAGUAUCCAAUUGAAAAUUCAGAAACCAAGAUUGAAGAGACCUGCUCACAAGCCCAUGAGACUCAGGUAAUCAACCCUUCAGGCCAUCAAGCUUUUGGUUCCAGUCUCUCUGAAGUGCUAAAUUACAAUGUAGAAGAAAAUCCACUGAAAGUUAUUUGGGAGAAGUCCAAAGGAAAUUGCUUGAAAGUGGAAGGCCUCUUGCAAGAAACUGUCGUAGAAGAUAAGCGAGCCGAACCGCCGGAUACAGUGCUCAACAAGGUGAAAGAAAGCCAAAACAAUUCGCCCAUUGGUACUGGACCAGAGGCACUGAGUUGCAAGGCAAGUGAAAACCCAGUUAAAGUUAUUAAUUCAGACAAUGGUGGAGAGUAUCAUUCCAAAGAGUUUAGUAGCCCCCUGGUUCCAAACCUUGGAAGCUUUGGGUCAAUGAGGAAAGAGAAGGAAUGGAGUAGGACAUUAGCGUGUAAGCUUUAUGAGGAAAGACAGAACGUUGAUGAAGAAGAAGGGAUGGAUUUACUAUGGGAGGCUUAUGAAGCUGAUUCAGGAAAGGCACAGGUGAAAAACAGGGACAAGAAGGAAAAGAAGGAAAAGAAGGAAAAGAAAUGUGGAGUGGUGUAUGAUGAGGAUGAAGAAGAUGAAGAAGACAUGGAAGAACAACUGUGUUGUCUGCAAGCUUUGAGGUUCUCAACAGGGAAGAUGAAUUUGGGAAUGGGAAGGACCAAUUUUGUGAGGAUUUCCAAGGCCUUGAAAGGGAUUGGAUGGCUUCACCAUGUGAGUAGACAUGGUAAGAAGGGUUAA